AUAGGAUAUAUUGUUUUCCGAGGAAAAAAAGAAAAGGGAGAAGAUGAAAAUUUCUUCAAAUAAGCACCGGCUCAAAAUACACGAUAGAGUGCGUAGAAACCACGUGACCCUUGAUAACAACUUGUAGUAGAAUUAAAGCCGUCAGACCGGACGGGCCGGUAAUAACACGAGUCGGUUCGGAUGUGAUCCGUUUUUGGAAUGUUUCAGUCAAACUAAUACUCGGGUUCACUGUAGCGUCGGAAAUUCAUUUAAAAAUUCUAUAACACACCUGCAUCGAAAAAGUGACAUCGCACGCGAUAAAAAAGAUUUUUUAAGUCCAAAAAUCACAGCUGUUCGCGAACACACGUGCUCUCGUCGAGUGUGUGUAUAACCGUAACCCCACGAAAAAAUAUAAUCAGAUUUGUGAUAAAAUUAUAAAACUACAAUAAAUUAAAUAACGAAAGUGUCGAAUAAGAUAUGUAUCUUCAAAAAAAUUUCUCGAAAGCGAGUGUAAAUGUGGGAAACAUUGCGAGAACAUUAAACAAACAUAAUCGAAAAGAAAACAAAGUUGGAUGGACGAGUGAUUCUGCUGUACGUUUUUUAUCAACUACUCAGAAACGACACAACGUUCUUCAGUUUAGCAAAGAAGUUCAAGAAGCAAAGAAACAAAAUUUUCCCAUUGUCGCACUCGAAUCGACUAUUAUUACACACGGUAUGCCCUUCCCUGACAAUUUGACUACUGCUGUUCGCGUCGAGGAAAUAAUCCGUGAAAAGGGCGCUGUACCAGCGACGAUCGCCAUACUCGAUGGAAAAAUUCAUGUUGGGAUGGAGCGCGACUGUUUGGAAAGAGUGGCAAAGUGCACUAGCGACCUUGGUGAGAAAGAAAAAACGACAAAGUGUUCGAGACGGGAUAUAUCAACGGUGAUUUCGAGAAAAUUGAACGGUGGUACAACGGUCGGUGGUACAAUGACCAUAGCUCGUAUGGCCAAAAUACCGAUAAUGGCGACCGGUGGAAUCGGUGGUGUGCAUCGGGGAGCCGAAAUCAAUUUCGAUGUCAGUUCCGAUCUCACGGAACUCGGUCGAAAUCGCGUCGCAGUCGUUUGUGCCGGGGUCAAAGCCAUUCUCGAUAUUCCCAAGACGCUCGAAUAUUUGGAAACGCAAGGAGUUCCCGUAGCGACGAUAGGGCAAUCGGAUAAUUUUCCAGCGUUUUAUUGCCGUGAAACAUCGAGGAACAAUCCCGUGAAAUCACCGUCCCGUGUGAGCGAUAUCGAAGAAGCGGCGAAACUUUUGAGACAUCAAGAAAUUCUCGAACUCGAGAACGGAAUAUUGUUCGCCGUGCCAAUACCGGAAGCACAUGCUCUCGAUUCCCAUGUCGUCGAAUCGAUGAUUCGAGACGCUCUCAGAAUAUCUGAGGAAAAAGGAAUUCGAGGAAAGCACGUGACGCCUUUUCUCCUCGAGCAACUCAAUCGUCUUGCUUCCGGAGGCUUUUUGAAAGCUAACCAAGCACUCGUGGAGAACAAUGCCGGUGUAGCAGCCGAAAUAGCUGUAGCGUUGAACAGCUUGAGAAUAAAAAUUGACAAAGGAUCGAGUAGUAGUUCAAAGUCCGGAGUUGAAAAGCCAUUAUCGGGAGUUGAAGCGCCUGCGGUAGUAAUAGGAGGUGCAACAGUGGACACGACGCUCCAUGUGCUGGAUGAAACGAUAACGCUGGACGGGAGAACUCAUCGUGCCAAAAGUCGCGAGAGCCACGGUGGCGUUGGAAGAAAUGUCACUGCUGCAAUGAUUGCUCUUGGUCUCGACAAUACGAGACUUCUCACCGUCGUUGGCAACGAUUCAGCAGGACGUUCUAUUCUCGAUCAACUGGGGGAUGCUGGAGAGCAAAUACAAGUUUCGUCGGAUGCUGUAACCGCACGAUAUACUGCGAUUCUCGACAAAACAGGUGAUUGUCGCUUUGGGAUCGGUGAAAUGGAUGUCUUCAGCAAAAUCGGUGUGGACAUAGUCUCGAAAAACCGUGCAACUAUCGAGAAUGCUGGACUCCUCGUGCUCGAUGGGAAUUUACCACGUGAAACUCUACGAGCCAGCGUAAAACUCGCCGCGGAAAACAACGUACCAGUGUGGUACGAGCCGACUGAUGUUUCAAAAGCGUCGAAAAUUCUCCAAGCUUGCUCCGAGUGGAUUGACUUGAGUGGAGAAAGAAAUUUGGAAGACGCGAUAAUUCGAAUUAUAUCACCAAAUCUAAACGAGCUUUUCGCCAUCGCGAAAUAUCUAGGAAUUAAUUUUGGAAACAUUGAGAACGAGAAUAGUAAAAACUUGAGUAGCUGCCAAGAUGACCUGAGCGUCGAAUCGAUUUCGAGACUUGCUGAACAAGUGGCCAAGGUUUUCCCAGUUGUUAUAACGACUUUGGGCUCUCGAGGAAUAAUCGUAACGAGAAGAGAAUCCAGACUGAAUCCCAUUGUCACGCCAAGAAAAAAAUCACACAACUUGAAAAAAAUACCAAGCAACGGUAAAUUGGAAUCACGUUGGUAUCCUGCACCGAUCGUGGAGAAACAAGGCGAAGAUGAAAACUUCAGUGCCAGUGGUUGUGGCGAUUGUUUAACAGCUGCAAUAAUCACUGGCUCUUAUAGGGGUCUCAACGAAAUCGACUGCAUCAAAAUUGCCCUCGAAGCUGCUGUGAUUUCGCUCAAAUCGUACGAGCCGGUACCUCGCAGCCUCAGAGAAUUGAGGAAAUUCGUUAGCACAUCAUAAAAUUAUUGUAUAUUUUAUAAAAAAACAGAGGACCACGAAACAGAAACUUGAAGACUUUUUUUAACGAAAUGUGAGGCUGCUUCACAUCGAUAUCAAACAGAAAAUAAGUAGCAGAAUCACAAUAGACUUAAUUUUUCAAUAAAAAAAACGAAGAAAAGAGUGA